ACACGACGACGACCUCCAACUAUGGUCAACGUCAAUAUCCUUGACAAUCUUCCAAGUAAUCUCUAACCCAAUCCCAAUACCUUGGUCCAUCUCAACACAUGGCUCCUGACCGGGGUUUAUCCCAUUCUCCCUCCCGUUCCGACUCUCCCCCGUCUUCUCAUCACCGCUCCAUGUCCUCCUCCUCACAUUCUGAACCUCCUACCCACAACCCUCACCAGGCACGACAAACCACUCUAGCAAAACCCCGCUCCGACCAUGCGUGUUACGGCUCCUCUCCAGAUCAAGAUGCCGCAUUAGACGGCACCAACUUUACCUUGCGUGGCCUACUUGUCGGCACUGGCAUCGGCAUUAUUAUCUGUUUCAGUAAUACAUACUUUGGCCUCCAAACCGGAUGGGUCUCCGGUAUGGCGAUGCCCGCCUCACUGAUCGGAUUCGCCGUCUUCAAGGCCCUGUCUCCCUACCUGUUGGUCCCGUUUACCCCCGUCGAGAACGUCCUGGUCCAAACAGUCGCUGGUGCCGUUGGAACAAUGCCUCUGGGACUCGGCUUCGUUGGCGUCAUGCCCAGCCUAGAAUUUCUCUUGAAAAAGACAGAGGGUGCCCCUAUAGAUCUCAGUCUGUGGAGGCUGUGUGUUUGGGGCGUCGGACUUUGCUUGUUCGGCGUGGUCUUUGGCAUCCCUCUGAGAAAGCAGGUCAUCAUCCGGGAACGGCUCAAGUUUCCCUCUGGAACGGCCACCGCCCUUAUGAUUAGUGUCUUGCACGGCGGCUCCAAGUCCCGCGAAGCCAAGGAUGGAGAGAUAGAAACCCACGGCACCCAAGAACGCGAAGAACUGCUGAGGCCUGACGAACGCGAAGAGCGUGCCCAGUCCGACUCACAGUCGACCGACCAUGAUACUCGCGCCGACUGGAAGAGACAAAUUCGUCUGUUGCUCCUUGCCUUUUCCGGCUCUGGCGCUUAUACUUUCUUCCAAUACUUCAUCCCGCUUCUCCACAAACUACCCAUCUUUGGAAUGAACCUUGCUCGGAAUUGGGAAUGGACCCUCAAUCCAUCCCCUGCCUAUGUUGGACAAGGCAUCAUCAUGGGCCCUGCGACCACCUUCCACAUGCUUCUCGGCGCUAUAGUCGGCUGGGCCAUCCUGAGUCCAGUCGCAAAACAAAACGGUUGGGCUCCUGGAUCCGUCGACGAUUGGGAGCACGGAAGCAAGGGAUGGAUCGUGUGGGUCAGUUUGGCCAUCAUGUUGGCAGACGCCGUGGUAAAUUUAGCCUGGCUAAUUCUACGGCCCAUGAUCAAAUAUGGCCCCGAAUGGUUCCGGUCCACCCUCGAUCACUAUCAUCACUCCUCCUCCUGGCCCGACUUUUUGCUGGGACGACACUUCUCUGGCUACCUUGCGUUGGAUAACUCUCCAUCUUCGAAUCCGGUUUCCGCGUCGCCAGGUCAAAACCGUGACUCUGAUGACGUCCCAGACGAUGCACCACCUCAUCACCUGGUCUCCAACAAAAUGGUUGCUAUCCUCCUUCCCUUGACAAUUCUGCUAUGUGUCGUUUGCAUCCACGUAACAUUUGGCGCAUACAUACCCAUAAGUCUCAACAUCCUCGCCAUUCUUUUGGCACUCGUUCUUUCCAUCAUGGGAGUGCGUGCUUUGGGAGAAACAGAUCUCAACCCCGUGAGUGGCAUUUCUAAAUUGACUCAACUUGUCUUUGCUCUCAUUACUCCGAGUGUGGCUCAUGCAAAUCACGCCAUCAUCAUCAACCUUCUUGCUGGCGCCGUGAGCGAGUCAGGCGCUUUGCAAGCGGGCGACAUGCUCCAAGACCUCAAAGCUGGCCAUCUGAUCGGGGCCAGCCCCAAAGCCCAGUUCUAUGGUCAACUGUUUGGUAGCGUGGUGGGAGCCUUUGUGUCUGCUGCCGUGUACAAGCUCUACGUUUCAGUUUACACGAUUCCGGGUGAAUUGUUCCAAAUCCCCACCGCCUUCGUGUGGAUCUUUACUGCCCGGUUGGUCACAGGAGAAGGACUGCCACCAAUGGCCUGGCGAUUCGCUGUCGUCGCCGGCGCCAUAUUCGUUCUCACCACCACGCUCCGGAUCUACCUCCUUGCGCAUCGCGAGACGAGUCCCCGAUGCAAACGGCUUCAUUCGUGGAUUCCCGGUGGAAUCGCCGUCGCCGUAGGCAUGUACAACACCCCCAGCUUUACUUUGGCCCGAACCGUUGGCGGAGUGGUGAGUCUUUGGUGGGUCCACUUGAAAGGUCGCGGCGAGACACGGGUGAUUGUCCUUGCCAGCGGACUUAUCCUGGGUGAGGGUGUGGUCAGCAUCGUCAACCUCAUUAUGGCGAGCCUAGGGGUUCCUCAUUUGUGAAACAGCCGUGUCAUGAAUGUAACGAUUGCUGCAACGGGUGGUCUAUCGAAAUUCUGGAAUUUUUCAUCGCAUUCUCCUUGAAUAUAACCAGACCGAAGCAUUUCCGCACGGUCGGGGAUAUGGUUUGGGGGGAAGAUGCAGAUCCUUCAAAAUAGAUAAUAUAGGCGAUCUGCAUGCCAGGGUUGAUAUCAGUACAUCUCAGUCAGCUCACCUGAUGUUCGACCGCCCCGGUGUCGUCGCCUUGAGGCAUAGCCAUGACCUCGAGUAUCAGAUACCAGAGAUGGUUGUGCUACUCGGUUAUGGUCGGUUAGUUGGCGUUCACUGAUGGUCUGGGUUGGUAUUUGCAACGUCCUUACCUAUCUCACAGACUGCAUACAAACAUGCAUACUGUAUCCAUGGUGGUGUGGCUCGGAUCUAAUCACCGAUGCGCGCCUCGGUUCCCAUUAUGAUGAACGGCUUGGGAGUACCCUGGCAGUCGGGAAGAAGGCGACACUGGGGGACAGGAGUAUUACUGGCAGAAGAUGAGCUGCAGCAUGCCGCAACCCCAAAGGAAGGCUUGCAUAUAUCGUCCAACCCAAUUGGUCAAGGGUUGAUUGCUCGGACGAUCAAAUGGGCGAUGAACGAGGAAUGAGGGGUGUUCAGUCGCGGGUUCUGCCCUCAUGUGGACGUAUAUGCGAUCCUGACUCACCAGCAAACAUGGCGUAGUCAGCUACUUUCUCGUCCGUGAUCUCGGCCAGAAUUCGGCCGGCAGCGGCAAAGAUGUGUAAGGAGCUUGCGCAUCGUCGUUCGGUUAUUCAGCCGACGAGCAUCAUAACUGUACAUACCUAAGGUACAUACUCGUUCAGGGCCUGAUACCAAUCACCUCACCCGCCCAUACCAUAGCCGUUCGGGAGGCUCCCAGAGGUUGAAUUAGGCUCUUGCCUGAGAGCAUCAACAAGAAUGAUACUUGACUUUAGGUAC